UCAGUGAAAGUAAGUAUUACCGAAAAUGAGCACAAAAAGAUAAAGAACACCCCCUCUUCUCAUUUCUCUCUCCCUCCUAGGACCACAAAUCCAUAAAAUAGUGACACUUUUUUUGGAGUUAGAGAGGGUGAUAUCUACAAGAGUUUGGGUAUGAACUGGUCUGUGUUUAACAGCAGUUGGUGGAGUAACCAUGAAACUAAAAACACCUUGUACCUCUUGUUCUUGGGUCAGGUGGUUUCCUGCACUUUAGCACUUAUGAGCUUCACUUCAUCAUUCAUUGCCAGUUUAGGUGUGGAUGUGCCUCUUACAUUGAGCAUUUUUGUUUACUUGAGUUUGGGCUUGGUUUAUGGAAGUAUCUUGCUGUAUAGGCGCCAGGGGUUACAGGUUUCUUGGUAUUGGUAUCUUCUAUUGGGGUUUGCUGAUGCUCAAGGGACUUAUUUUAUUAACAAAGCUUACCAACUCACAUCAAAUACUAACGUGCAAUUAUUGGAUUGUGGAACUAUAGCAUGGGCCAUAGUGCUAACAUGGAUCUUCCUAGGCACUCGAUAUUCCUUAUGGCAACUCUUCGGUGCAGCCAUAUGUGUAGCGGGUCUUGUUUGUGUGCUCUUCUCUGAUUCAGGAGUGGGUGGUGGAGGUGGUUCGAAACCUCUACUUGGUGACACACUAGUUAUCGUGGGGACUCUUUUCUUUGCCAUUAGCAAUGUUGGGGAGGAAUUUUGUGUGAAGAAGAAAGAUUGCGUUGAAGUAGUUGGCAUGAUGGGUGUCUAUGGAUUUCUAGUACUUAUUUGUGCAAUACCUUUGGUAGAGCUGGAGAAUUUGGAGUCAGUCAGCUGGUCCCCGGAUAUUGUAUUAGCUUUUGUUGUCUAUACUCUUUCUGGCUUUAUUCUCUACGCAGUCGCUCCAUAUGUUCUCAAGUUAAGUGGUUCUACAAUGUUUAAUCUCUCUAUUCUCACCGCUGACAUGUGGGCAGUUCUUUUUCGCAUUUUUUUCUAUCAUCAACAGGUUGAUUGGUUAUACUAUCUAUCUUUCGCAAUUGUAGUUAUUGGGCUCAUCAUAUACUCAGUAACUGAAAGAGAUUCUCAUCCUAUACCAUCUUUGGAGAAUGGAAACGCUGAUCUUCAGUACCAAGUACUUGUCGAUGAAAAUGUUGCGACCGGGAAUGAGGCUUUGGCUGCAUGAUGAACAGAUCUGCAACCUUAUUUAUAUCUGAAAUUUAUUCUGUAAUUAUUGGGCAUUUAUUUGAUAAUAAGAUCUUGAUUUUCCUUCAAUUUGACUAUCAAACUUUGACACACUUAGGUUCUUUUACUUCAAAAUUAUGCCAAAGAUAAGUGAAAAAUAAUGUGUUUUAGUAGGAGUUCUAAUUGUGAAUUAAGUUUGUAGACACCGGCAAACUAUAGAAACUUUAGUUAAUUGCUGCAAAA